AUGAAUCGUGGAGGUUUGGUUGAGGGAAUUACGGUGCACACUGUACUCCUUUAUUUUGCAUUGUUUUGCUGCAACGCCAUCUCCGUGAAACAGAGUUAUAAACUUACAAACGCUUCUUCUCCCACUGACCCAUGUAAUGACUUCUAUCAAUAUGCUUGCUCUGAUUGGGAAAAUAAUCACACUAUUCCGAAAGCUAAUGGGUCGUAUUCCACUAAUGAUACUCGGCUAAAUACUGUUCGUAAAUUCUACAAAUCCUGUGUGGAAUAUGGAAGUAUUUCUCUCCAGCAGACAAGAAGGCAGACAACUCGUUUGAUCGAAAGAUUAUUUGGUGGAUGGGAUUUGUUGUCGCCUUCUUCGCAGAAUCUAUCCAAGACAUCAACGUCACAACAGGGAAUUGACGAUUUCAAUUUAGAUGAUAUCUACUUUCCGAUUCUGAGCAUCACAAAAGGCUGUCCUUUAUUUUCCAUUGAUACUAAUGGGGGAACCCAAACGAUUCAUAUUUCAGAUGGAAAAUUCGCUUCCUAUAAGGGCGCUUGUGAAAAACAGGUGUAUGCUGAAAAUAUUGCGCCAAAGUAUUACGAAAAUGUGUAUAAACUGGGAGUAUCUCCAAGCGAGGAGAGCAAGCUGCAAGCUGCUUUUGAACUGCACACACGUUUGUGUCAUAAUCUGUAUGUUGCAAGGAAAUCCGACAUAACUGAAUAUCAUAAAGAAGUUAAAAUGAGGGAAUUGAAGGCAAUCUGUCCAUUGAUUAUUUCGACAAAUUGGAUUCAAAAAUUACAAACAUUCAAAAUCAGUAUAGCGGACACAACAGCGUUAAAAUAUCAUUGCGCCUUACAUGAAAUUGAACUGUCAACACCUACUGGUAAAAGUACAAUUAAGAAUAUGGCUAUCAUGGACUUUAUGACAUAUCACGUUAACACUAUUGGGCUUGAGUGA